ACAGGAAGCAGAUGGCCUUGACACCAGCAGGGUGACAUCCGCUAUUGCUACUUCUCUGCUCCCCCACAGUUCCUCGGGACUUCUCUGGACCACAGUCCUCUACCAGACCCCUGCCAAACCCCAGCCCACCAUGAUCCAUCCGGGUCACAUCCUCUUCCUGCUUUUGCUCCCAGUGGCUGCAGCUCAGACGACCCCAGGCUCCUGUUCCGGAUGUGGGUCCCUCUCUCUGCCGCUCCUGGCAGGCCUCGUGGCGGCGGAUGCGGUGGCGUCGCUGCUCAUCGUGGGGGCGGUGUUCCUGUGCGCACGCCCACGCCGCAGCCCCGCCCAAGAUGGCAAAGUCUACAUCAACAUGCCGGGCAGGGGCUGACCCUCCUGCAACUUGGACCUUUGACUUCUGACCCUCUCAUUCCUGGAUGAUGUGUGGUGCCACAGGAACCCCCGCCCCAACUUUUGGAUUGUAAUAAAACAGUUGAAACACC